AUGGGUAAAUACUUGGUAGCAAUAAUUUUGGUUCUAUUUAUUGUCCAUAUCGAAGGUAACACUGAUGAUGAUUGCCAUACACCAUGUGUCAGCUGUAAAUGUGAUGAUGACUGCCCUUCUGAUAACCGAUGUAAUGUGGGCUCAUGUGUUGCUGGCCGAUGUACUAUCAAACAUGUGACAUGUCCUCCAACUAGAUGUGGAGCCAACGGUACUUGUUCCACAGAGACUGGAAAGUGCAUGUACAAACCAAUGAAUCCAUAUUGUUGUGAUGACGGCAAUGCAUGCACCCGUGAUUCCUUUGACCAAUGUCUUGGCUGUGAGAACAUUCCAAUUGCCGGAUGCUGUACCUCUGACAACCAAUGCCAGGCCACUGCCAACUGUACCACCAGUACGUGUGUCAACAACAAGUGUGUCGCCAAGCCAAUUCCAGGUUGCUGUACCUGUGAUGGUGAAUGCUCUGAUGGUAACAUAUGUACCAGGAAUACUUGUGACUCGGGAAGAUGUAACUCUGUUCAGAUACCAGGCUGCUGCAAGACCAGCCAAGAGUGCCCCUCUAAUAAGUGCCAGACAGGUCAUUGCUCAGACAAUAGGUGCACAUAUACAUCCACCGGUCUGUGUUGCAAGUCUGAUGCCGGCUGUAGGGAUCUUGAUGUCUGUACUAAGGACACUUGUAAUAGUGAUGGCAGUUGUAGCCACACCCCAAUCCCAGGCUGCUGUGUACUCGACUCCCAGUGUCCACAUGAUGAUUGCAACAUUGGCUUCUGUGGCAAGGACAACCAGUGCCACUCCAGACCGAACCCCGCCUGCUGCACCUGCAACGACGACUGUAACGAUGGUAGGAACUGUACUGUAGACGUCUGUCGCAAUGGCAAGUGUGAGCACUCCAAGUAUGAGUGUCCGACCUACUCUGACUGUUGUUUGGCACGCUGCACUGGCUAUGGAUCGUGUGACCAGUCCUUCAUUCCAGGUUGUGUGGACGAUGGCGAGUCCGAGCACUGUGACGACAACAAUGCCUGUACAUAUGAUAAGUAUGACUGCCUCAAGGGCUGUCUCAACAUUCCCAGGAGCUGUGAUGACCACAACCGCUGUACAACAGACUCUUGUUCCAGCGUCACUGGCUGCGUGCACACUGUAAUACCUGGAUGCUGUACCUGUGACGAUGAUUGUGAUGAUCACAACUCAUGUACUGUGGACUCUUGUACGACCUCUGGACAAUGUAUCCACACACCAAUUCCAGGUUGUUGCCAGAGCGAUAACAAUUGUUACGAUGGAAACAACUGUACAAUUGAUACUUGUUAUCGCGGAAAGUGUGUCCAUGCUCAAAUAUCCGGUUGCUGUACUUGUGACUCUGAAUGUAAUGAUAACAAUCUGUGUAGUGAUGACUAUUGCCAGGCCAACAAAUGUAUCCACAAAGACAAUGGACAAUGUUGUUUGUACGACUCUGACUGUCGUACCAAUGGUGAUCUGUGCGACACCAGCACAUGUGUCAACAAACGAUGCCAGCGCAGAACGAUGGACUGCGACGAUGGUCUGCCAUGUACAAAUGAUUUCUGUCAGGAGGGCAAGUGUAAACAUACUUGCAAGACCUGUCUCUAG